GCAUGAUUGUUACGUCCGGGUACGGCCAUCUUGGCAUAUUCAUUUUCAUUCUUAUGUCGUGUUGAUUAGUGAAUACGUACAUAAGUUAAGGUUGUGGCAUUAAAUAGUUACAUUGAUUUAGAUUUUUUAGUAAAUUUUAAGAUACACCAAUAUGGGAGACCGUGGUGGAAUGUAUGCAGAUUACUCUCAACCACCGCCAACAACAGCAUAUUCCAAUAAUUACGGCUCCCCUGCCGGUGGCGCCAAUAUUGGGUCUGGGGGAUAUGGGGCUCAAAGUGCCACUCAGGGGGGUGGAGGACAAUGGGGUUCAGCAUCCCGCCAAAAUUACGGCUCUAACCAGGGUUCUGGUUACAAUCAAGGGGGUGGUAGUUAUGGUUCUUCCGGAGGUUAUGGCGGAGGAGGAGGAGGUGGAGGUUACAACUCCAAUGGUGGGGGUGGUGGAUCCGGCUAUGGCGGAGGUGGUGGUUACGGAGGAGGUGGCCGUGAUAGAGGGGGUGGAAGAGACCGCGAUUCUUAUGGAGGCGGCAACAGGGGUGGUUUUAACAAAGAUAGUGGAUCUAACCUGGUAAUUCAAGUGGAUACUGUUUUUGUGUCUGGAAUGAAUCCAGAAUGUACUGAGGAUGAUAUUGCUGAACACUUCGGGGCUAUUGGUAUUAUCAAGAUCGAUAAGAGAACCCAAAGAAAGAAGAUUUGGCUGUAUAAAGAUAAAAACACCGGAAUGUCCAAAGGAGAAGCUACCGUCACAUAUGAUGAUGCUAAUGCCGCACAAUCUGCUAUCAAUUGGUUUGAUGGCAAAGACUUCCAAGGAAAUACCAUCAAAGUGCAAUUGGCCACGAAGAAGGACAACUGGAGUGGUGGCCGAGGCGGCGGAGGAGGUGGUAGAGGAGGUCCUGGAGGUGGAGGAUCUAGAGGAGGUCCAGGAGGCGGUCGUGGCGGUGGCGGCGGAGGUUUUGGUGGACCUCGAGGCAGUCGUGACGGAGACUAUGGCUCCGGCGGUGGUGGUGGCGGCGGCGGAGGUGGCCGUGACAGAGAAAGCAGAGAUGGCGAUUGGAAAUGUCCCAAUCCGGAUUGUAAUAACACCAAUUUCGCUUGGCGCAACCAGUGCAAUCGCUGCAACGAACCCAAACCCGAUAGUGCAGGAGGCGGCGGUGGUGGCGGCGGCGGAGAUAGACGCAGCGGUGGUGGAAGAGACAGAGACGGCGGCGGUAUGAGAGACGGUGGUCGCCGUGGAGGUGGUGGCGGUGGAUUCCGCGGAGGAGAUAGAGGCGGAAGACCUGGUGGAGGCGGCUUCGGCGGUGGCAGAGGUGGCCGAGGCGGCGGCGGUGGUGGAUAUGGCGGUGGACGCGGAGGCGGAAGGGAUCGUGGAGGUGGUAGUUCAAUGGGCGGAGGUGGUAGAGAUGGUGGAAGACCACGGCCGUAUUAAGUUGAUGUAUGUAAAUUCAACUGGUUAAAUAUGAAAGCCAGAGAGCAUUUAAUUUGUAAGUGUACAUAUAUCAUAUUUUAGUUUUUAUAAAUUUGACCUGAAUACAAUAUGAUCUUUUUGUGGUGUAACCAAAACUUGUGUAGCAAAAUUAUUCGAAUUUGUUCAUUUACUUUUGAAUAAAAAAUUAUUUGUGUAA